CUUUAUAAAUACGAGCCGGCACCGUCCCACUCGUCCUUCUCUUUGGAUUUAAAGGUGCGAGGAGGAAAAAUGGUUUCCCAGGGGAUUCAGAUGAUCGGCAUAUCGAUGGCCGUGAUCGGCUGGUUCAUGGUGGUGGUGGUGUGCGCCCUGCCCAUGUGGAAGGUCACCGCUUUCAUCGGCGCCAACAUCAUCACGGCUCAGACCAUCUGGCAGGGCAUGUGGAUGAACUGCGUGGUGCAGAGCACGGGCCAGAUGCAGUGCAAGGUGUACGACUCCAUGCUGGCUCUGCCCCAGGACCUGCAGGCCGCCCGCGCCAUGACCAUCAUCUCCAUCCUGACGGGGAUCUUCGGCGUGGUGGUGGCCAUCGCCGGUGGGAAGUGCACCAACUGCAUUGAGGACGAGCGGUCCAAGGCAAAGGCUAGCAUCCUGGCUGGAGUCCUGUUCAUCGUCUCGGGGCUGCUCUGCCUCAUCCCCGUGUCCUGGUCGGCCAACACCAUCAUCACAAACUUCUACAACCCGCUGAUGCUCAACGCCCAGAGGUACGACCUCUUCACCAUGGGGAGGAUUGGCAAGGAAGUGGCAGGUCAGAUCAUCAGCUUCAUUGGCAUGGUCGGGGUGGCGGUGAGCUUGGGCAUCCCCAUGUGGAGGGUGACCACUUACAUCGGAGCCAACAUCGUGACGGGUCAGAUCGUGUGGGACGGCCUGUGGAUGAACUGCGUGAUGCAGAGCACGGGCCAGAUGCAGUGCAAGCUGAACGAGUCGGUGAUGAAGCUGUCCCCGGACCUGCAAGCCGCCCGAGCUCUGGUCAUCAUCUCCCUCAUCUGCGGCUUCCUGGGCUUCAUCGUCAGCUUCAUCGGGGCCCGGUGCACCGGCUGCCUGAAGAAAGAGGCCUCCCAGGCCAACGUGGUGAUCAUCAGCGGCUGCCUCAUCAUCCUGGCCGCCGUCCUGAUCCUCAUCCCCGUCUGCUGGUCUGCCACCAUCACCAUCACAGACUUUCAGAACCCCUUGACCCUCCAGACGCAGAAGAGGGAAAUCGGAGCGUCCAUCUACAUCGGCUGGGGCUCGGCGGCCAUCCUCCUGAUCGGGGGGAUCAUCCUGACCACCUCGUGUCCUCCUCAGCAGCCCAUGUAUGGAUACCCAGGCUACCCACCAGCACCAGGGUACCCCUACACAGGCCCAGGGCCGAACCCAGCCACGUACGCCCCCGUGUACGCACCCCCGUCCAGCCGACCCUACACAGGGACGGGGUCGUAUGCACCCACCAAGCCCUACGCUGCACCCCCCACAUACGCUCCUAGAAACUACCAAUAGAAGCUGAAAGACUUCCGAGAAACCACGACAGCACCAAAACAGACUUUGUGUUUAGGGGCCGGUAGGUUUCUCCAAUAACCUGUUGGAAUAAAUUCACUCAAGCCAUCAAUGUUUGUUUAUUGUGAAUCUCUGAUGAAAUGAUUUUCUGAUUUUCUGGAUUCCUUUGUUCUCUGAAGCUGAAAUCUGCUCGAGUCCCGUCACGAGAGAAAUGUUGCAUCAACAAGCUUGUGUUUGCACUGAGGCUGGAGAAGCUGUUCAGCAGUUAAUAUAUUUAUUCACUCGUCAUACAGAGAAUAUUUUGUACGUAUAGUGAUGACUUGUGAUUUGUGAUGUGUUUGUUUUCUGCCACUUGAUGAAAAUGAUUUCAAUAAAACGUUUGUAGAAUA